GUCCGCCGUUCCCAGCCAGGGGUCACCUCACCACCACCACUCAAGUCAGGAGUCGAUCCCUCUACUCGUCAUCUCCAACCCUAUGAUUGUGUCCACUAUCCCGUCCUACCCUAAAGUAGAUUCAAGCCGUGACUGACCAGGCGUUUUUGCUGUAGUGGUUGAGAGAGCAGGCCAUCGGGUGCGAUGCUACCACGGUUACCGUGUCGCUGCAGUACCGCACUCUAAACGUUACAACAGAAAAGGGAAACCGUAUACAGUGGCCGCAGCGGUUGCGCGAGACUCAGUUUAGGAGGGCCGUGUUGCAGCUGCUAGAUCUAGAAGCAAGGUAGCAACAGGUGGCCGACUUUAGGGCAUGCAAUAGCCAGCCAUGCAUGCUGCGCCUAGUAGCGGUGCUAAUGGGAAGCGGGCGAGACAGGAGGGGUACGGUCCUAGCGGCAACAAGGACAUAAUGCCGCCUCCCGCGCCUCACCGGCGGGGCUAUCCGCCCGCCGUGCCCAAGGAAGAAGCCCUUGCGCGCUUCCCCCCGCUUUCCCCGUCGCAGCGGAAAGGGGCAGCCCCAGCGUUCCCGUCACCAUCGACUGGCGUUUCUGCGCCUAUCAGAGGACCGUUGGCGGAAAGCAUGCUUCCCGCUGCCUCCGCGUAUCCCACCGCCUCCCCCAGCGCCAACCCUGGGUCGAUAAAAGGAGGGGGAGCUUGCGCGGGUGGCGCUGGCGCAGCUAGUGCGGGCGGGAGGGCGGAAGGGCUUCCCGCAGGCGGGGCGGAGCGCGGAGGCGCGCAUGCUGUGGCGCAGCCGUCCGCGAAUUUCCACGCGUACAAGGCGGAAUUCCAAGGCACCGCGCUGCGCGUCUACGUCCCUAAAGACUUGGGCGGAAGGUGCAUCCGCGAGUGCCUGCGCUUCCAGCUGGGCGGGGACAACGGCAUCGGGAAGGCGCUCGAACUCGGCAAUAGCCGGUCGUCGUUCAAGGGGAGUCGCGACAAGAUCAAGGAGGGCAAGAACCUCAUGUCAGUGAUCUCCCUGCGCGAGGCGCUGGGCUUCCUGGACCGCACCACCAAGGACCGCGCGCGCGCGCAGCUCAUGAAGCGCUUCAUCCACGACGCCGUCGUGCCCAAGCUGGAGCGCGGGGAGCUUCCGCCGUGGGGCGGCGGAACCCAGCGCGCGCCCGACCACCCGGGGCUGGACGAGUUUAUCCGCAAGCUCAUCCUCGCUACAGAGAAACUCGAGUCUUGCUUGCUGCAGAAGGAGGUGGCGGGGUACCUGGCGGAGCUGAAGCGCGCCGUGCGCGCCAAGGGGGAGCGGGACGUGCGCGUGGUGCUCGUGGGCGCGCCUGGCGCGGGGAAGAGCCACCUGGGGAACCGACUCGUUUGCCCCGGUAGUGACGGCACUCGAGGGCCGUUCCCUCUAGCGUCCGGCAGGCCUGCCACCACUGCUACUACCCCUGCAGCAUGGACACCUGCAGCACCCGCAGCAGCAGCGGCGCAGCAGCAUCAGCUGCAGCAGCAGCAAGGGCUGACUCCUGCUGCUGAAUCCCCUGCGGCGGCUGCUGCUGCUGCUGCUGCUGCUGGUAGUGGUGAUUGUGGUAAAGGUGGUGCUGUUGGUGGUGCUGCUGCCACCGGAAUUGAGGAGGAGAGGGGGAAGGCGGCGGGAAGCGGGAAGAAGGGAAGGCAUGGGAAAGGGGGAAAGGAAGGGAGGGAGAGGAAAGGAAGCGAGUGUGGGGGAAAGAAGAGGUGGAGAGAGGAGAAUGCAGGGGAGGAGGAGGGGGAGGACGGGCAGGGGGCAGGGGGAGACGGGGAGAAACAGCAGCAGAGGCGGCGGCGCAAGCAGCAGCAGCAGCAGCAGCAGGAGGAGAAGGAAGGCUCUGGUGUUGCUGCUGCACUGUGCGGGAAUGGCAGUUCCGGGGAAAAACGGAAGGCGGAGGGGAAGCACACGGGGAGGAGGGAGGGCGAGGAGGGGGGAAGCAGCAAGGACGGCAAGUCACACAAAGAGAGCAAGACGCACAAGGAGAGCAAGGGGAAGGGGAAGGGUAAGGGCAAGGCGCCGUUUGCUGUGGGUGGGGGCGAGCAGAGCAGCAGGUGGCAGGAGUGGGUGCAGGCGCAGCAGGACAAGCAGCAACAGGUGCUACUCAACAUGCAGCACCAACCUCCUUCCUCAACAGGUGCUCCCGCUCCCACUGCCGCCACGCCUGCUGCUGCUGCUGCCGCCGCCGCCAGAGGAGCAUCUGCCACUGCUGCAGCCUCUCCUCCUUUCCCCCACCUCCCCUCCGCGUCCCCCUCCUCCGCCCCAUCCAUUGCCGUCGCUGUGCGGCGACUCGAGCACCCCGACCCCAGCCACCUGCGUGCAUCGCUCCUCGCGCGCUCCCCCGCCGUCUACGAGUCCCUAGUGGAGUCCCUCAUUCUCGCUGACCCUGCUGCUGCCGCAGCCGUCACUGCCAUCGCUGCUAACGACCUCUCCUCUCGACCGGCGAAGGAUCUUUGCGUGUACCUCCGAGAGUGUUUCGGCUGCGCGGUGGUGGACGGUAGAGUGCGGUUGGUGGCGCCGGAAGUGGUGAAGCUGCCUGAGGCGGUGGUGGGCGGCGUGGUGGGGAAGGGGGAGGUGGACGGCGCGGAGGGGGGGGUGUUUGGGCGCAUGCAGAUGCUUGCGGGGAGCGUUGCGGGGAGGCUCACCGAGGGGCAGCGGCUGGCUGUGGAGGCGCUGCUGCUGGAGUCGCCGGCGAUAGGACUGCCUGCUGGAUACACCCUCUUUGAUACCCCGGGCGUCCCCAGCGUGUCCGCCUCGCCCCCCCUGCAGCACCUGCUGCACGCCGCGGACGUCAUUGUACCAUGCUGUGCGCGCCGGCCGCUCUCAGACGACCUCAUCCGCCGCCUUCUCUGGCCCGCGCUCUUCUUCCGCCCACGCCCCCCGCUCUUCCUCAUCCCCCUCGACUACUGCGCCAUCGGCACGGGGGGAGGCGUGGGGGAAGGGGCAGCGGGCGGAGGGGGAGGGGGAGGAGGAGGUGUGGAUGGCAGCAGUAGGGGGGGGGUUUGCGGCACUGGCUGUGGCUGCGGGUGUGGGUGUCCUGGAGAGAACAGCAACUGGGCAACGGUUGAAGGACCAGCAGGAUCUGCAGCCAUUGGAACGGACUCGCCCCUCGACCUAGCUUUCACUGGUGCUUUCGGUGCUGGCGGCGCUGGCGGCGCGGGUUGUGUUGGCAGCAGUGGCAGCGGCGGCGGCAGCGGGAGUGGUUGUGGGAGCGGGGGAGCGAGUGACGGCCCGCACGCGGAUGAGCGGCGGGCGUACUUGCGGUCGCGGUUUGCGGCGGUGGCGCGCUGUGCUGCGCUGGCGCCGUUUGUGGACGUGCACCAGCGCGUGCUGCUGAGCAACCACCUCGCCCACACCCUGGAAGUGCUGCCGCCGGGCGUGCUCUCCUUCCAGGAGCACCCGCUGCUGCAGGCGCAUGUGUUGCGGCACGACAACCAGGUGCUGCUAUGGGCCGCCACCACCCUUGCAUUCACGCUCAACGGGCUGUUCACACGGCACGGGCUGCUGCCGCUGCCAGACAGCAACGCUAACACGAGCAGCAACAACAACAACGGCAACAGCGGUAGAAAUGGGAAUAGCAGUGGCAGCAGCAUCAGGAACAGCAGCAGCGGGAAGGAGAGCACUGCGAUCAGCAACAAGCACUGCAGCAACGGCACCAGCUUAACCGAUUCAACCACCGCUACCAUGCUCCCCCCUCCCCUCCCCCCUCUCCCUUCUCCCUCCCCUCGUUCUGCUGCUCCCGCCCUACCCUCCGCGUCCUCGCCUCUCGAAGCCACUCCCGACCUCCCUUGGAACCUGCUGCUCUCUGCUGCGGCACACACUCUUUCCCACGCACCGCCACACCACACCGCACCGCUUCACACCGUGCCAUCCCCUUCUCCUGCAUCCGCAUCUGCUCCACCCACGGGUAAGACUGAACUGAUCGCCUCUUCUUCGUCUUCCCACCUGCUCCUCUCCUCAACCACCCCGUUUAUCAGCAGCCUGCCCAUGCUCCCGCCUGCGACUAUGCCCGGCAGCAGCACCAGCACCAGCACAGGCCCCACCAUCACUAGCAACGCGUUCGUCCCUCCCGGCAACAGCACCAGCACCAGUAGCGGUUUCGCAGCCUUUGGAAACAGCAGCGGCAGCAGUAGCGGCGGCAGCGGCAGCGGGGCCAGCCCUAUGGACAGCAUGAGCCGCACCUUCGCAGCGGAAGCCCACUGGGAGCACGUGCGCUUCAAAUGCGAGCAAUCCUUCCUCUCUGCCUUCCGUGAGGAGAUCGUUCAGCAGCUAGACGCUCUAAGGUCUGAAGUGCAGGAUUUCCUUGAGACGUGUGCGUGGGCGAGUGACGGCUGCGAGCGGUGGUGGCGCCGCAUGGUGGCGUUUGUGGUGGGCGCGCUGCGGCAGGCGUUUGAGGGGCUCGGGGACGUGGCGUGCGCGCUCAUGCUGGACGAACAGGAGGCUGCCAUCGCCAUGCUCACAUCGUCACACACCUCCCCAGCAGCACUGCCAUCGCCCCCACCACCCGCACACGAGGAGCAGGAGGAGGAGGUCCUGAGCCUAGGCAGCAGCUUCGUGGUGGCGUCUGAGACGGCCCUCGACAAGCUCUGGUCCACGCACCGCUCCCUCGGCCUCGAAGUCGCGCUCUCGCUGCUCGCCCCGCACCAUCUCUCCUCGCCGCGCCUGCUCCGGAUAGGGGAGGACGGUGAUGGUGAUACCUGGGGGGUGCAUGGGGAUGGGGAUGGGGGUGGGGGUGGGGAGGGAGGAGGGCGGACGGGGUGGGUGGCGGCAGCUGGGGGUGGCGCAGGAGGGAAGGAUAGAGGGAAGGAUAAGGGGAAGGCGAGGGUGGAGGAUGGGGUGUUGGGGUGGGGAUGGGGCUCGGUCGAGGCUCUGGAGAAUAUGCAGGGAAGGGGCGGCGCUGGUGGUCUGGGUAAGGGGGAGACUGGCACAGGGGGUGUGGGAGGAGCAGGAGGAGCAGCAGCAGGAAGAGAAGGAGGAGGAGGAGGAGGAGGAGAAGGAGGAGGAGGGGGAGGGGAAGAGGUGGGAGGAAGAAGAGCGGGGGGCGGAGUGGUGGUGGGGGCGGAGGCGGUGCUGCACUGCAUGGUGCGGCAGGAGAUGGAGCAGGCAUGGCGGCACCACAUGGCGUGCUCCAUAGACGCGGCAGCAGCAGCGGACUUCGCCCUGGAGUGCACGGUGCGGCUCUUUGACGCGCCCACCAGCAUCGCCAUGCGGUUGCGCCAAUGGGCCCACUCCACCAUGGCCCCCCAGGCGCUCUCCCUCGCGCUGCACGUCCUCCGCCCCCUCGCCUCCUCCUGCCUCUCACCUCCCCUACCUUCCUUCUCCCGCCCUGCUGCUGCUGCUGUUGCUGUUACUCCUGCUGCUGCUGCUUCUUCUGGCGCUGCUGUGCCUGCAGCUGCAGCACCUCCUUCAGCUGCUGGUGCUGCUGGUGCCACGUUUCCUUGGUUGCAAGCCAGAAGUGACGCUGCUGAAGGGGCACUUGUUUCCCACCCCGCUGCUGCUGCAGAGGCGAGAGCAGCAGCAGCAGCGCUGGCAGGGCUGGCAGCAGGCAGUGCUGGGAAGUUCUCUUUCCUUCCGGACCUCUCCUACGAUAAAGCCCCCGUGCUUACUGCAGCUGCCGCUGCCAGUAUAGGCGGCAGUGGCGGUGGUAGUUGCGGUGUUGGUUGCGGAAAUACUGGUGGUGGCAGUGCUGCUGCGUCUGCAUCUGCUGCUGCUUCAGGCACGGGUGUGGGGCGCAUGGGAGGAGGGGAGGAGGCGAGGGCGAGGAAGGGGGCCUUAGAUGUGGCAAGAGCGGCAGCAGUGGUGCGGGAGGUGGCUCUAGGGCUGCUGCUACUCGCCAAAGACAUUCUGCAUCCCUCUCUCACCAUCCCCUGCAGAGCCAUGCCAUCCGUGCGCAAGCUACCACCUCCCCCAGUCCUGCCUGGCCGCCACCGCACGUCCGAUACAAUCACAGUCAACUACACCACUCCCGCCACUGCAGGGGGGCUUAGCGCUAAUGGUGCAACUCACACCAUCAGCACCACCAGCAGCAGCAGCAGUUUUUGGAUGGCAGGAAUGUCGGGUCAAUCCGAAGGGGGAUAUGCAGCCAUGGUAGGUCCUCUGGGGGGGGUAUGUGAUGCAGGUAGCAACGGUGAGACGGCACGAGGGUCAGCAGGACAGGGAGGAGGGGGGUCAGGAGAGGCAUCCACGGCACGUGCAUGCGUCGACACUCCUGCUUGCUCCGUCCAAGCCACCGCUGCUGCCGCCGCCGCAGCAGCCGCAGCCGCCGCUGCUGCCCGCGCCUCCCAAGGUCUACCGCCCAGCCUUCUCCCGGACUCGGGCCCCCCGCUACUCCACCGGAAAAUGCGCCAAGUGCCCCUGCAGGCACGGCCGGGACCGGAGAUCGUGUGGGUGACGGACUUAACUGGCGGGCCGGGGGGCGAGAGGGAUGUGAAGUCGCCGUAUUCUUGGCUGGAGUUCACGAGGAGCCCAGCUCGAGCGCGGGCGAUUAAAGUGGGGCAGUGGGCGGAUAUAUUCUUGAAUCAUUACGAGCAUGUGUGCAAGCAUGCCACUAAUGUGGUGGAGCAGAUCUGCCCGCCCAUGUUCUUCAUUUCCAAGAACCCCUUCUCCCCUGCUGCGCUGCGAACCUACGACCUCCUCUCAGCCGCCUCCUCCUCCACCCCUCCAGCGCCCUUCACCCGCACACCCCACCCCGGGCCCCCUAGCACAGCUCUUGCACCACUCCAAAGGACCGGCCCACACCCUGCCUUCACUGCAUCGGCUUCUGCUGCUUCUGUUGCUGCCGGCACUGCUUCUGCCGCUGGCGUCGGUGGUGCGGCCACUGCUGGUACCGGCAGCAGCGGAGACGGCAACACAGCAGCAUCACCACCAUCACCAUCACCACCAUCGCCACCAGAGCCUUUCCUGUACUCGUUCUUGGUGGUGGAGCGGCGCCACAUGCUGGAGGUGCCGCCCGCGGUUGCGCGGCGCCUGCCGUGGCACAUGUGGCCCGUGGUCGUGCCUGAUCACUCGCACCCUGCUGAGCUCUGCGAGGCUGCCAAGCUCGUCGCCGAGUCCAUGCUCUGCAUGGGGCCCAAAUCGUACGCGCUCAUCCCUUCGCACACGCGCUUCUACGAGUUCCUCUCAUCCUCCUCCUCCUCCUCAUCCUCUCAGCAGCAGCAGCAGCAGCAGCAGGUGGAGUCCUUCGCCCCGCGCGCCCUCCAGUUCUCCCAAUCAGUCCUCGCCGCAGAGAGAUCCGCGAGCCACAGGGCGCUGCAGCAGCACAUGGGGGCGCGCGAGUUCAAGACGGGGCUCGUGGCUCUAGCCAUGGAGGACGCACACGGCACCGUGGAGGGCAGGAUGGCAUUCCAUAGAUUCAACAUGGGGUAUGACGCGGCCCUGGGGUCCAUCGCAGGUGGAGGAGGUGGAGGAGGGGGUAUGGAUGGUGGUGGUCCUGGUGGUGUUGUGUCGGCAGCGGUGCUGCAGACGAAGAUAGAGGAGCUCUUCGACCCUCUCCUGCCCACGGUAAAAGAGCGACUGGAGGAGCUCCUAGAAGACGUGCAUGCAGUAGCCGCCAUCUCCCUCUCCCACGGGGCCUACGCCCGCCAGCGCCACCACCUGCUGCGCCUGCACGGCGCCAACUACGAGGCCGGAGGCCCCCCCUCCUCCCUCAUAACGCUCAACGACAUAGAGUCCCAGCGUCCUUUCUCCUAUUGCGGGCCGAGCCGAGUCCUGGACGAGGUGCUGGUGCCGCACACGUGCUCGGAGGAAGAGUUUCUGCAGCAGUGGCGCGCCGUGCAGAAGAUCUUCUCCCUACAGCUGCUGCAGUGCGGCAGGAGAGUGCUCUGGACGGCGCAGUUCCAUGCUGUGGAUGUGCCGCCGGGGUCGGUGCGGCCGUGUAAAGGGGCUCCAUCUCGCCCUGGGGGGCACUAGGAGCACUGGGGGCAGGCUGGUUGGUUCAGGGGGAUGUGCUGCAGUGCGACAGGAGGGUGCUCUGGACGGCGCAAUUCCAUGCUGUCGAUGUGCCGCCAGGGUCAGUGUGGCCAUGUAAAGGGGCUCCAUCUCGUCCGGGGGGGCUCUAGGAGCGGACUGCAGGCUGGGAUUGGCCCCGGAGGGAUGUGUGCUGCAGUGCGGUGCGGCGCGCGUGUGCUGUGGACGGUGCAGUUCCACAGGAGUUGAGAGCUGGUUUUGGGGAAUUCUCAAUAACCAACUCAGCGAAGUUCAGUGCUGUGGAUGUCACCCCGCUGUUGUUGCUCCCGUGUAAAGCGGCUCCGCCUCGGCACGGGGGGCACUAGGGGCGGGCUGAGCGGGCUUGGAUUGGAUGGCUGGGAUGGGUUGGGAUGGGAUGGGUACAUGCUAGUAGUUGCAGCGUUUUUGGAGUCGACUGAAUCGACUCGGACCAUAUACGCGGGGGUGUGUGAGGCUGUGUGAUGUGAAGGGACUUGGUCUGCUCUGAUGGGCACUAGGGCCGCCUGUGUGCUGCAGGGUUGGGCAUUGGGCAAUGGGCAAUGGGCACACUGCUUGAGAAGGGGCGUCCACAGUGGGCACUGGAUUGGGGUGUCUCGGCUCGCUCCUCGUGUCUAGGCUGUUGAGGUGAAGGGAGGGCAGUGGGAGGGAAGGGAAGGGAUAAAGCGGGUGUUUAUCCUUCUGGCACAUGUAUGAGAGAGGGGCUCUUCAUGAUGGGGGAGGUAUACUGGUGCAACAAUUCAGUGUGCUUUACUAUGCUUGCUGUAUCAUCCAAGGGUAAGCUUCCUUGCUCGUCACAUUCACCAUGGCAUGGAGGCCUUACCUGCCAUCAGGGCCCUAGAUAUCAGCCUUUUUACGCUGAUUCAGCCUUUUUUCAGACAUUUUGUUGGUACUAAGGCUGAACACUCAGCCUUUUUUGUUUAGUGGGCCCUGAAAAAUCAGCCUUUUUAUUUGUGUGUUGCCCGAAAUUUCAGCCUUUCUUUUAGGGUGUACGCUGAAGCAUCAGCCACGUCGAAAACGCGGCAGGGGACGCGGAUCGUAACACGUCACGCAAUCGCGAUUUCCCCCCCGGAUUUCAAGGCGAGCGGCGUAACGAGCAGAACCGCGUCGACACGAACCC